GCCUCUAGCCGUUGGUUAUCACACAUCAAAAAUCACCUCUCUCUAUUCCACCCAAAGAUUUCAAUAUCUAACUUCUCCUCUUCUCUAUUACUUCUUUUGUUGUUUUAGCCCUUUCUACCAUCCAUGGCUCCUAGCUUGAGCAAAGCUUCUUCCGAUGUCUCGAUGGAGUUCAUCAACGGCGACCAACCGUCCUUGAUCUCCCUCGACGGAAAGAAUUUCACGGUCGCAGGCCAUCCAUUUCUCCUCGAUGUCCCACCCAAUAUCAUUGCAUCCCCAUCGUCGAUCACAUCCAUCGACAAAACGGUCGAUCCGACCGGCUGCUUUGUCGGGUUCGACUCCAAAAUCCCAAAGAGCAGACACGUGGCGUCUUUAGGUAAGCUCCUAGGAAUCAAAUUCAUGAGCAUUUUCAGAUUCAAGGUGUGGUGGACCACACAUUGGGUUGGCACCAAAGGGAGUGACGUCGAGCACGAAACUCAGAUGAUGAUACUCGACAAAUCCGACUCUGGCCGACCUUACGUUCUCCUCCUUCCCCUCAUUGAGGGAGCAUUUCGGAGUUCCCUCCAACCAGGGGAGGAUGAUUACGUGGACAUGUGCGUGGAAAGUGGGUCCACGCACGUGAUCGCCUCCAGCUUCAAAACCUCAUUAUACAUACAAGCUGGAGACGACCCGUAUAAGCUCAUCAAAGAAGCCAUGAAAGUCAUAAGGGCCCACCUUGGGACUUUCAAGCUCUUAGAAGAGAAGACCCCUCCAGGGAUUGUGGAUAAGUUCGGAUGGUGCACGUGGGAUGCGUUUUAUCUAAAGGUGCAUCCAGAAGGAGUUUGGGAAGGAGUGAAAGGACUAGUUCAAGGAGGUUGUCCCCCUGGACUAGUUCUCAUCGAUGAUGGAUGGCAGUCCAUCUGUCGCGAUGAAGACUCAAUUACAGAAUCUGAGGGUAUGGAUUUAACAUCUGCUGGCGAGCAGAUGCCAUGCCGGCUUGUAAAGUUCCAAGAAAAUCACAAGUUCAGUGAGUAUAAAAGUUCAAGCAAGCAGACUGAUGGUUGCAAAAAGAUGAUGGAUUCGGGUAUGGGAGCGUUCAUCAAAGAUCUGAAGGAGACGUUCCCAACCGUUGAUUAUGUGUACGUGUGGCACGCGCUUAUGGGGUACUGGGGUGGGGUCCGGCCCAACGUUGCUUGGAUGCCGCAAUCGACGGUCGUGACGCCUCGGCUUUCACCUGGGUUGGAGAUGACGAUGGAGGAUCUGGCAGUUGAGAAGAUCGUUAACAAUGGGGUGGGACUCGUGGAUCCUGAUCAGGCGCGACAGAUGUAUGAAGGGCUGCACUCCCAUCUGGCUUCUGUUGGUAUCGACGGUGUGAAGGUGGACGUCAUUCACUUGCUGGAGAUGCUGUGUGAAGAGCAUGGCGGUAGGGUGGAGUUAGCCAAAGCUUACUACAAGGCUCUCAGUGAUUCUGUGAAGAAGCAUUUCAAGGGCAACGGAGUCAUUGCCAGCAUGGAGCACUGUAACGAUUUCAUGUUCCUCGGGACCGAAGCAAUGUCCCUCGGUCGUGUUGGUGACGAUUUCUGGUGCACUGAUCCAUCAGGCGAUCCGAACGGUACAUACUGGCUACAAGGGUGUCACAUGGUCCACUGUGCGUACAAUAGCCUGUGGAUGGGGAACUUCAUACACCCUGACUGGGACAUGUUCCAGUCCACUCACCCUUGUGCAAGGUUCCACGCUGCUUCUCGGGCUAUCUCAGGUGGGCCUAUCUACGUGAGCGACUCGGUCGGAAAACAUGACUUUGAUCUGCUUAAGACCCUGGUCUUGCCUGAUGGCUCGAUCCUACGGUGUGAAUUCUACGCUCUUCCGACCCGGGAUUGCCUCUUUGAAGAUCCACUGCAUGAUGGGAAGACCAUGCUCAAGAUAUGGAAUCUAAACAAGGUUACUGGAGUUGUAGGAGCAUUCAACUGCCAAGGAGGAGGAUGGUGCCGUGAGGAUCGAAAAAACAAAUGCUACUCUGAAUUUUCACACGUCUUAAAAGCCCGUACAAGCCCAAAUGACAUUGAAUGGGAAAAUGGGAAGAGUCCCAUUUCAACUAAAGGAGUAGACAUGUUUGCAGUGUACUCAUCUCAAUCAAAGCUGGUGGCUCUCAUCAGGCCACAUGAAUACAUAGAAAUCUCUUUGGAGCCGUUCGAUUUCGAGCUCUUCACGGUUUCGCCAGUGAUGGUUUUGCCUAUGAACAUGGUCCAAUUCGCUCCUAUUGGGUUGGUGAAUAUGUUAAACUCGGGCGGGGCAAUUCAAUCACUGGAAUUCGACGGUGAAGAGAAUUCCGUUCGAGUUGGUGUGAAGGGGACCGGCGAAAUGCGGGCGUUCUCAUCAGAGAAGCCGAAAUCUUGUCGGAUCAAUGGAGAGGAGGUGGGAUUUGUCUAUGAUGAUAGGAUGGUUGUGAUUCAAGUUUCGUGGCCCGGGUCGUCUUCGAAAUUAUCCAUGAUUGAAUACUUAUACUGAAACUAGUGUUUCUUUUGUUUGAUUUAUUGAUGAAAUUACUAGUAAAAGAUAAUAUUGUAUGAA